GAAACUCAACUGAUGCUGAUGCGCGUUUAAAAACAACCAUCAAAAAAUAGGGAAAAAGAGUAAGAAAGACAGACAAAAACUUACAUCAUGAGCAUGAGCUACGCGUCCGCGGCGCCCACGCAGAGAUCCACGUCGUUUUUCAUCGAGGACAUCUUACUGCACAAGCCCAAGCCGCUCCGAGAAGUCAUGCCCUCGCCGUUCUGCAGCUCGCUCUCCGCCAGGAUGCCCAUCCUGGAGUACGGAUACCCGCUGAUGCCCACGCCGAUCCUGGCGCCGCAUCCGCACCACCCGCUGCACAAGCCGGAGCAUCAGUACCACUUCUUCACCUCUGGGAUGCAGAUGCCGGCCUUGUUCCAGCAUCACGCGGAGUUGCCGGGGAAACACUGCAGGCGCAGGAAGGCCAGGACCGUGUUCUCCGACUCACAGCUGUCCGGUCUGGAGAAGAGGUUCGAAAUCCAGCGGUAUCUGUCCACGCCGGAGAGAGUGGAGCUGGCCACGGCGCUCAGUCUGUCCGAGACACAGGUGAAGACGUGGUUCCAGAACCGGCGCAUGAAGCACAAGAAGCAGCUGCGGAAGGCGCAGGACGAGCGCAAGGCUCCCGGGGAGCCGCAGCUGGAGCGCACGGCGGCGGAGAACUCCGGCGAGAGCGACGCCAACGACAAGGGCGCGCGCGAGGACCUGAAGAAGCGCGGCCUCGACCUCGACGUGGACUCGUAUGCGCUGCAGCGGGAGAACGACGACGACGACGAGGAGGAGGACCGCUGCGGCGACGACGACGAGGACGACGACGACGUGGACAUCGAGGACGACGUUUGCUCCCCGGAUCAUCUACUAUAGUACAGUAGGCCGCGCGUUUGUCUUUACGCAGGCAUGCAGCGACGCUCGCGUUGUAAAUACAAACUGUAGAUAAAAUAAAACACACACACGAUCACAUUUCUGACAUUAAUAAUGCUGUAAUAAUGUCAUGUAAAUAUUCGAUCAUGCAAAGCGGGCCUAUAUCUAUUUUUUUUGUAACUAUAUCGCCCCUAUAUGGACCUCUUUGUAAGCGUUUAAUGUUUUGUCUGUACAGACCACACUGUAAUUACUAUUAUUAUUAUUAUUGUUAUUAUUAUACAAUUGCUUUUUAUUGCUGUAUAACAUAUAGACGCAUAUAU